AUUGUUUAACUAAUCAUAUGAAAAGAGAAUCUGUUUAACAUAAGACAGUGAAGCAGGACAGAGUUUCCUUAUUAUUGCAGUGUGUGUGUGUGUGUGUGUGCUGUGGUGGAGUAGGUUUAUUUGCAAUUGUCUUCUUUCAAUGUUGACAUCUGUUUGUGAGCUGUCAGAUCUUAGUAGAGAACAAAUAUAAGGAAAAAAAAAUUACUAAAAAUGGAGCAGUUAAUAACCUUCCUUUUAUUCAGUCAACACAGCCAACUUCCUGUUACUAUAUAUAUAUAGAAGAAGGAGACCAGAGAAAAGAUCAAUUCAGAAUUGAGUUUUGAUCACCAUCAAUGGCUGCAGGUUCAACCCAGUAUCCUAUUAGAACCAUUGUGGUUUUGGUUCAAGAAAACCGAUCAUUUGAUCACAUGCUAGGAUGGAUGAAGUCCCAUCAACCCGAAAUUGAAGGUGUCACUGGGAAUGAAUCAAACCCUUUGUCUACCUCUGAUUCAACCUCCAAACGCAUAUACUUCAGUGAUCAAUCUGGGUAUGUUGAACCAGACCCUGGCCACUCGUUUGAAGCCACGCAUGAGCAAAUCUUUGGUACACUGUGGAGUGAGGAUUCUGCAGCCCAAAAUUCUCUUCCCACCAUGGAAGGCUUUGCUCAGCAGGCUGAGAGUAUAAAGGAAGGGAUGUCUGAGAUUGUGAUGAAUGGUUUCAAACCGGAUGCCAUUCCGGUUUAUAGAGAGUUGGUGAAAGAAUUUGCUGUUUGUGAUAGAUGGUUUUCGUCGAUUCCUACAUUGACACAACCAAACAGGCUGUUUAUUCACUCUGCAACGUCCUAUGGUGCCACAGCUAAUGACACAAAAAUGUUGAUUGAAGGGUACCCUCAGAAGACCAUUUUUGAGUCAUUGGAAGAGAAUGGCUGUAGUUUCGGGAUUUAUUAUCAGUACCCUCCUACCACACUUUUCUACAGGAACCUAAGGAAAUUGAAGUACAUUAGGAACUUUCAUCAGUUUGAUCUGCAUUUCAAGCAUCACUGCGAGAAAGGGAAGCUACCAAACUACGUAGUGAUUGAGCAACGUUAUUUCGAAACCAAAUUGUUGCCGGGAAAUGAUGACCAUCCUUCCCAUGAUAUCUCCGAGGGGCAGAGAUUCGUGAAGGAAGUAUACGAAGCCUUGAGAUCGAGCCCUCAAUGGAAUGAAAUAUUGUUCGUGAUUAUCUAUGAUGAGCAUGGUGGUUUCUAUGAUCACGUGCCACCACCUGUGGUUGGAGUUCCGAGCCCUGAUGACAAUGUAGGCCCUGAACCGUAUAGGUUCAAGUUUGAUAGGCUUGGAAUCAGGGUUCCUGCCAUCUUGAUAUCUCCUUGGAUUGAACCAGGGACUGUGUUACAUGGGCCAACAGGGCCAUAUCCGACAUCAGAAUUUGAACAUUCAUCAAUCCCGGCUACUGUCAAGAAGAUUUUUGAUCUCGAAGAAUUCUUGACGAAAAGAGAUGCGUGGGCUGGUACUUUUGAAGUUGUCCUGAAUAGGAGUAGCCCAAGAACUGAUUGUCCAGUUAUAUUACCAGAGCCAGUGAGAUUACGAGACACUGGGCCAAAUGAAGAGGCAGGUCUGAGUGAAUUCCAAGCAGAAUUAGUUCAACUGGGCGCUGUGUUGAACGGAGACCACUCCAGAGAUGACAUCUUUCCCCACAAAUUAGUGGAGAACAUGAAGGUUUUCGAGGCUGCUGACUACAUUGGAGGAGCGUUUCAGAAAUUCACUCAAGAUUGCCACAAAGCCAUUGAAGAUGGGGCUGAUGAAUCCCAUAUUAUUAUCUGUCCUGCAAAACCAGACCCACCUGAUCAUCAAGAACAUCACCGGAGACCCAAAACCUUUGUUCGGAAGAUACUUUCAUGCCUAGUUUGUGAUCUAUGAUCUAUCCUAGCUAAUACUACAUUUUGUGGAUCAGUGUUUUAUUCUUACCAUAUUGAAGUUUUCAACAAGCUUAUAUAUAUAUAUAUUACUGUACUUAAUCUUUGAAACUAAGUUUCACAAGUCAUUGUUUUUCUA